AAACAUAUGAACUUAUCUUUUGUUACUAUUCUUGGUCUGUACUUGGCCUUCAUACAAAAUUUUGAAUUGAAACAAAUUGGUGUUGAGGAUCCAUGUUUUACCAAUUUCAGUACAAAAUUACCCCUAAGAUUUGAUAUACCUCAGUAGAGAUCCCAAUGUGAUAUUUUUAUUUGUGUAGGUGUGUGCCCUCUUGGAGCUUCCAGCAGCAUUGCAUCUGGGCUUGAUGGAGAAUCUAUUGUCAGUGGAUCGCCUCCAGGCAGUCCUUGGCUGUUGCCAGUGCCUUCACAAACUAGUCUCCCAGCCUUUAGUCGGCAACACAGCCAGUUGUCUGGUUAUGCAUCCGGAGAGUGUGGUCCAACUUCUCCAUUGGCUGGCAGUGGAGUUUGCAGUUGGAAUGUCACCCGUCCUCCUGGGGAGCCAACCCAUGGAGCUGGAUCACCCGAUCUAGGCAUUGAGAGUGAUGCAGGCCGCUUCUCUAGCCUUGAGCCUCUGUCGUCACACUGCGGGAGCUGCGACCGGGAAGGCACUCGGGGUCUGUGUGGCUUUCAAGGCAAGCUAGAUAUUCCUUGUUUACAACUUGAAAGACGUCAUGUGGAACAUUCAAGUGCAAGAAAUGCUGAAAUGCAAGCUAUAUUUCACAAGCACACAGAAACAAGCACUGACGGGGAGUCAGAAUAUGCAAGGUUGCAGAAAGAGAAUAGUAAUUUGAAGAGGAAUCUCAGUAGGACUAAGAAGUUGCUUGAGGCUACUGUCACUCAACUAUCAUCAUCAAAUCAACUGAAGCGGCAGAUGGAACUUGCCAUUUGUAAACAAUUGAACAAAACCCAGAAUGUUUUAAAACAAGCCAAAGGUGAAUGUGAAGUGUCUGUUGAACCUGUAAAAUAAUAUACUGAAACUUACACCUAAUAUAACAUUCUAAGAAUGUUAGUGUGGUGUGCAGUAAUGGGUUAUAACAAAAUGAUAAAUGAUAACUUUGAAACCAAUGGUUUAUUUUCAAAAAUGAAUUUAAAGUCCAUGACCAUAAUUUGUGAGAAGAUACAGAAUUUAUAUUUCAGACAAAAUAGUAUUUAUCAACCUUACAAUGUGUGCUUUCUUCAGAUAACGUGUAGUUUUAGUGUGCAGAUUGUAUGAGUCAUAUUUUCAGGUAAGUUACUGCAAUUUUUUGUUCAGUACCUUACCAGAACAAGUUAAAAUUGUAAUAACCAUAUUGUUGUAGAAGUGUAAAUAUGUGAUAUUAUUUUCUUUAUUAAAAGAAAAAAA